UGAGUCGCCAGAGGACGACUCUGGGAAGAAUCCGCUGUCCGCUGUGUGUGCGCAACCGGAGUCAUGUCGAGUUUGACGGUGAGAGACCCGGCAAUGGAUCGAUCACUGCGUUCCGUGUUCGUGGGCAACAUUCCGUAUGAGGCAACUGAGGAGCAGUUGAAGGACAUUUUCUCCGAGGUUGGUUCCGUUGUGAGUUUCCGGCUGGUAUACGAUAGAGAGACGGGAAAACCUAAGGGUUAUGGCUUCUGCGAGUACCAAGACCAGGAGACCGCGCUUAGUGCCAUGCGGAACCUUAACGGGCGGGAGUUCAGCGGGAGAGCGCUUCGGGUGGACAAUGCUGCCAGUGAAAAGAACAAGGAGGAGUUAAAGAGCCUAGGGCCUGCAGCGCCCAUCAUUGACUCACCCUAUGGGGACCCCAUCGAUCCAGAAGAUGCCCCUGAGUCAAUUACCAGAGCAGUCGCUAGUCUGCCCCCGGAGCAGAUGUUUGAGCUGAUGAAGCAGAUGAAGCUCUGUGUCCAAAACAGUCACCAGGAAGCUCGAAAUAUGUUACUUCAAAACCCACAGCUGGCUUAUGCGCUGUUGCAGGCUCAAGUAGUGAUGAGAAUCAUGGAUCCAGAGAUUGCUCUGAAAAUUCUGCAUCGCAAAAUACAUGUCACACCACUCAUCCCAGGCAAAUCUCAAUCCGUUUCUGGCCCUGGCCCUGGCCUUUGCCCAGGACCUAAUGUUCUGCUGAACCAGCAGAAUCCUCCAGCCCCUCAGCCUCAGCAUUUGGCCAGAAGACCUGUGAAAGACAUCCCUCCUCUGAUGCAGACCCCUAUCCAGGGUGGAAUUCCAGCCCCAGGCCCAAUUCCAGCUGCAGUUGCUGGCCCUGGCCCUGGCCCUGGCCCCUUAACUCCUGGUGGAGCAAUGCAGCCCCAAGUUGGAAUGCCAGGGGUUGGUCCGGUGCCCUUGGAGCGGGGACAGGUGCAGAUAUCAGAUCCUAGAGCUCCUAUGUCUCGUGGACCCAUGACUGCUGGUGGCUUACCUCCUCGAGGACUGUUAGGGGAUGCUCCAAAUGACCCACGUGGAGGAACUUUGCUUUCAGUCACUGGAGAAGUAGAGCCCAGAGGCUAUCUUGGCCCACCACAUCAGGGUCCUCCAAUGCACCAUGCGUCUGGUCAUGACAGCCGGGGCCCUUCCUCACAUGACAUGAGGGGAGGGCCAUUAGCAGAUCCCAGACUGCUCAUUGGAGAACCCAGAGGACCCAUGAUAGAUCAAAGGGGUCUACCUAUGGAUGGUAGAGGUAGCAGAGAUUCUCGCGGGAUGGAGACUCGAGCCAUGGAAACUGAGGUCUUAGAGACACGAGUAAUGGAGAGAAGAGGAAUGGAGACCUGUGCAAUGGAAGCCAGAGGGAUGGAAGCGAGAGGCAUGGAUGCAAGAGGAAUGGAAAUGAGGGGCCCUGGCCCCAGUUCAAGAGGCCCUAUGACUGGGGGAAUUCAGGGUGCUGGUCCUAUUAAUAUGGGGGCAGGUGGUCCUCAGGGACCCAGACAGGUCGCAAGCAUUUCAGGGGUGGGAAAUCCUGGAGCUGGCAUGCAGGGGGCAGGUAUGCAAGGAGCAGGCAUGCAGGGGGCAGGUAUGCAAGGAGCAGGCAUGCAGGGGGCAGGUAUGCAAGGAGCAGGUAUGCAGGGGGCAGGCAUGCAGGGGGCAGGUAUGCAGGGAGCAGGCAUGCAGGGGGCAGGUAUGCAGGGAGCAGGUAUGCAGGGAGCAGGCAAGCAAGGUGGAGGCCAGCCUAGCAGUUUUAGUCCUGGACAGAGUCAGGUAACCCCACAGGAUCAAGAAAAGGCAGCUUUGAUCAUGCAGGUUCUUCAACUGACUGCAGAUCAGAUUGCCAUGCUGCCUCCUGAGCAAAGGCAGAGUAUCCUGAUUUUAAAGGAACAAAUCCAGAAAUCUACUGGAGCUUCUUGAAAGGUUUUAGAAAAUACUUGGCAGUAGUCCCACAAAGGUUUUCUGUAGCAUAGAGAAUGGGUGGGUGCAGUAAGCUGACUUCGUAUCCCCACCCUUGAAUGAUUAGGAGUUCCCUCCUCUCAGAACCUAAUCUCAUUUCUUGUAGUCUUCUUAGUUUUUAUUUUUAAUUGUGGGGUAGGGGGAGGGGGUAAGUGGGUCUAUUCACUUUAAUUCACUGUAAAUAAUACAAAAAUAACUCUGAACAUGAUUAUAUUAUACCAAAUAAGAUUACAAAGGAUACGCAGCAUUGUUAAAAGGGUCUACAAGGUGUUAAGUACAUUUUUAAAAUACUGAGCAAAACAAUGUGAAAACUGCACCUAAAGACUAAAAGAUGACCUGUUGAAAAUGGUAAUGUACUAAGAUAGUUUAACAUGUUUGGUUGUGUAAGAAAAUAAAAAUGUUUACCUCAAAAUUACAAGAUAAUAGUUUUUGGUAAGCCAUUUAAAACACAGAAUCCUAUUUCAGGGGCCACAGAAUGCUGAAUUAGGUUAAGUACUGUACUGUUUUGGAAUUACUUCAGAAUGUUAAGAGCUAAACAGAUAAUUCUCAACUUGUGGUAUUGGAAUUGUUUUUUUUUCCUGAAGCUAUGCUACCUGAAAAAUCAAGGGAUGCAUCUGAUGUGAUGUUAUUUCAUUUAUCCCAUCUUUCAAGCAAUAUUUUGGCCUGGCCUUGUGCAUGACAAUUUUGCUGGGACAGUUCUAGGUCAACGAAGUUACUUAAAUCUGCUCUGAUGAGACUCUCUGUCUCAGUACCUUCCUAUUUCUCAAUAGUCUUUAAGCCCUAAAUCAGAAUCUGAAUAAUUCUCUCACAUCCUUCCCCAAAAUCUGUGUAGGGACCAGUUGAUCUGCAUGAAUUAAACAUAGCAUUGGACUUUUCAUAAAUAAUGGAAGGUUUCAUGCAGUAAAGCUCUCAGUUUUCUGGUAACUAGCUUCCAUUACACAGAUCUGUCUGGUCAACCAGAAUCAGGAGUUAAAAAUCUUAGUCUCAGCAACAUUUAAAAUGCCUCUUAAUUUUCUUAUUUCAAAAUCUGCUUAUCUGUCACCAUUUUACCAGAAUAAUUGAAGCCCAGGUAGGUAAAGAUAUCCUUGUAGCCUGAAAUCUGCUAAAUUGGUUAUUACUUUCCUUUUACAAGUAAUAAAGCCAUUUAAUCCUAAUAUACAUGCCCAUGAGACAUAUUUAAAAAUCAGUAGGAAGGUGGGGCUUACCACAGUAACUUUAGAGCUACUACUUAAUUUGUCUGUAAGCCUUGAGGAUGUGGAGACAAACAUUUGUGUGACAGAACAAGUAAUAAUAACAGAAGUAUAAACACCUAAAUAACCAGGUGAUCUUACUCAGGAGAAGAAAAGCCAAUACCUAAUUACAGAGGAAAAAAUUAAUACAAGGAGAAAGCGGAGGCUUAGAAAUUGAAUUACUUUCCCGUUGCAAGGUUUUUACAUCUUAAAUGGAUAAUUCACUCUUUUUAUAAAGUUUAUCUCCCUAUGAUGUUUCCUACUACUUAUUUUACUCCUGUUUUAUUGUUCAUACUGUUAACUUCCUCAUGUUUUCUAUAUGUUUCCCCUUAUUAGAGGGGAUAACUCUCCUUUACAUGUAUAGUGGUUCUGGUUAAUACUAAUUCAGAGUUGGCUUGAUUACUUUGAAACUGUAGUUGCUUUAUCUCAAAGCUUUCAUUGAAAGGCUCUAACUGAAAACUAUUAAAUGUUAUGCUCUUUGUUAUAGUAAAAUCUCUGCAUUGUUUAAUGCAGACUAAAUAAAAAGAAUGUACAAUGAA